UCUGUGCUCUAUACCAGACAGAGAGUAGAGGAGAGAUCACACACCACCAGGCUACGCAUUACAGAGAAGUAGAAUCAAGUUUCCCAACCGUGAUGGCUAAUGUUUCUGUAAUAACAUUGUUUGUUCUUUCAGGGUUAAAUGAAACAGUGAACCACAGAUCUAUUAUCUUCUUUCUCAGCUUGCUGUGUUACUGCACAAUACUUGUGGUGAAUGUUUCUCUGAUUGUGAUCAUCAUCUUGGAUAACAGCCUCCAUGAACCAAUGUAUAUUCUGCUGUGUGCUUUUUUCAUGAAUGGACUUUAUGGAACAACAGGUUUCUACCCCAAAUUUCUCUGGGAUCUGCUCUCUCCUGUUCACGUUAUCUCUUAUUCUGGAUGUCUUGUUCAGGCUCUGGUCAUGUACUCUUUUGCCUGCAGUGAUCUGUCCAUUCUUGCUCUCAUGGCCUAUGACAGGUAUCUGGCUAUAUGUCGACCACUGGAGUACCACUCUGUCAUGUCCAAGCACAGAGUCACUAAGUUAGCAUUUUUUUCUUGGUUAAUGCCUUUCUGCAUUAUAGCAACAAACAUCUAUCUAACAUCCAGGGUAAAGUUAUGCAGCUCAUAUAUUGACAGACUGUUUUGUGUGAACUGGAGCAUUGUUCAACUGGCAUGUUUUCCAGAAGAAACCACCAUUAAUGGCAUAGUUGCAAACAUUACAAUAAUCACUUAUGUGCUUCAUGGUCUUUUCAUAGUUUGGUCCUACUUGUAUCUCAUCAAAACUUGCACCAGUUCUUUAGAAAACAGAGCAAAGUUCAUGCAGACAUGUGUACCACAUUUGACCUCCUUACUCACUUUUCUUUUCACUGUGCUCUUUGAUGUUAUGACUUUGCGGCUUGCUUCAAAAGAUUUCCCUCAAAUGCUUAUAAACUUCAUAGCGAUAGAAUUUCUCAUCAUACCUCCUAUUAUGAAUCCUCUCAUUUAUGGUUUUAAACUGACUAAAAUUCGAAACAAAAUUGUUGGUGUGGUCUCUUUUAAAAUGAAUGUAAAGUAGCAUUUUAUUACAUUCAAAUCAAUGAUUGAUUUAGAAUUUUCUGCUUUUUUCACAAUAUGCGCUAAACCAGAUGUAUCCACUAAGGGGCAUCUUAACAGCUGUACAAUUAUACAUUUACACUAAAUGUAUUUUGGAUGGUCACUUACUUGAUAAUUGUUUUGCAAUUAGGAAUAAAAUGGAUGUAAAUGUAAAAUUUGAUAUUUUUCAUUAUGUUUUUGAUCAUGUCAGAUAUUUGCAGUGAUUUUGCUUUUUCAAUAGACUGGACAUGCACAAAAGACAAAAGACAGGGAGGCCCAACACCUGUUGAAUAACAUGUAGGUGGACUAUCUGAAACAAAAACAGUCCACUAGAGGACUCUAGUGGCUUACUGACAGACUCAACAUGUGCCGUUUAUCACACCAAGAAAAAAAAAGGAGAUUUUUACAGCAUGUAUAACUGUGUUGCAUACAUUUUUUUUUCUGUCAUUUUGACACUUUCUGGACGUCUUUGUCUGAUGAUCACCAGAACUAUGAUUUUGCUGAUUGUAAUUUGUUGCUGAUAAUUAUGGACAACAAUUUCUACACUGAUGAGAUCCUCAGUUUUAAACAUGUUGGCUGAAACCCAAUAUUGUUUCUUCAUUUCAUCUCUUGAAUUUGACAGCUACUGUUUUGACUGUUUUUCAGAAAAUCAAUUUAAGAUAAUUCCAUCUUACAAAGUUCACCUCAAAGAGAAUUAACACUGUGAAUUUCAGCAUUAUUUUUUUAGCAGAUUUAGAGGUGUGUUCUAUUUGUCAGAUCAGUUGAAAGAUCUGAAAUAUUUUAAUUUAUCACGAUUCUGUUCCACUUCUAUCUUUUUUUUUUUCCUCAAAGCUUGUGUUUUACUUGUUUAAACUGAAGCUGUGUUAAGCUCACUGGAGUGUUUUCCUGGUUGAAAUUGCCUGCGAUAUUUGCAUUUCUUCAUUUCUGCUCAGUCAAACAAGCAUUGUCACUUUAUGUACUUCACAAUUCACAGCCACUAUGACUGAUGUG